AUGGACGCAUUCUAUCGUGGUACAUGUUUGCCAGGCACGCGCGAGGAAAUCCUUAUCGAGAUCAUGGACUGGAUUCGAUCGGAUACGAAACAGAAUGCCUUAUGGAUUAGAGGCGUCGCGGGCUCUGGGAAAAGCGCGAUUGCGACAACAGUUGCUGAAUAUUGCCGCAAUGCGUCGAUAUUGGGAGCCUUUGUAUUCUUCAGCCAGGCCAGCGCUGCCGACCAACGUUCCUCUGUAUUUCGGACCAUUGCUUUUCAAUUAGCAGAAUCGAAUUCAACUAUCGCAAGAUAUGUCGAAGCAGCUGUGAAACGUAACAAGCAUAUCACCAGAGCUAUUGCAGAGGUCCAGUUCAAGGAGCUCAUUUUGGAACCACUCAAAGCGACAAUAAACGAGGUGCAAGGUCCUGUCGUCAUCAUUAUGGAGUCAUUAGACGAGUAUGGCCCGCCAGACAAUCGACGGAGUCUGAUGUUACUUCUGAAAGAAGCGUUCGGAGGUUUACAUCCUAGCUUUCGUUUCCUCAUCACGAGCAGGCCGGAGUUGGACAUUGUUGAAUGGUUUACAGACGGGACAGAUUUUGCGUACGAAUUUGUUUUGGACCACGACUCGCAAAGUAGCAAGCGUGACGUCCUUCACUACAUCGAUUACGAGAUGCGUAAGGUCAUUGGAAGCACAAAGAUACCAAUAGCUUAUCCAUGGGAUGAACACAUGAACAAGCUUGCAGACGCGUCGGAGGGUUUAUUCAUAUGGGCGUCGACAGCCGUCAAGCUGGUAUCAUUGAGCCCUAGGAAGCUCUCUAAACUUCGAAAAAUUGUUGAUAACUCACACUCGCUGAAGGGCCUUGAUCAACUCUACAAAUCAAUCCUUACCGACUCUGGGGCUAUCGCAAUAGACGAUCUGGAGUCCAUUACUCGCUUUUCGCAAGUCAUGGGACUCAUCUUGCUCAGCGAAGUCCCGCUCUCGGGUGACCUUAUAGAUGCAAUCCUGGGCUUUUCAAAAGAGGAGACGUCGCGCGAAAUUCUUUUGAAGCUACGGAGCGUACUUGUCUUUGCGGAAGGAGAAUCAAUUCGUCUCCUUCAUGCAUCGUUCGCCGAUUAUCUCUCUUCGACACCUUGCCCCAAACCAUGCGUCGCGCAUUCGGAUUCAUCCGAUUGUUUGUCCGGCCCCUGGUUCAUUGAUGUCUCCUAUCAAACGUCGUUCAUUGCUAAACGCUGUUUCGAAAUCAUGAAGAAUAUGCUUC